CAGCAACUAUUGUUCAGCACCUCCAGAAACUCCUUCAAGUCGCUAAGAAAACUAUUCCAGGUUACUCUCCCUCAUGAAGACACUGAUUAAAAUAAGAGUGUGCAGAUCUGUCCUCAAAGAUAAAUGUGAUAUUUUGAAGAAUCUAAAAAGUCCCUUCGGUCCAAUUCUAAUAGACAAUACAUAUUAAAAUUAAUUUAUUAAUAGUUUUACCCCUAAAAGUGACCGUUGGGUAUAAAUGCUGUAAAAAUGUAAAAUGCUGGUUGGGUGUUAACUUUGGUACAGCAGUGCGGUCAUUGUGUUUGCUAAUUGUUAGAGAUGAGUAGUGCUGGGCUGGCUAAGCUCCACCUGCUAAAGGGUAAUAUCUGCAGAUAAGCCCUCUGACCUUGAGGUGCUUAGCCAAUCACAGCAGCAAAUCCAUAGCCCAGGUAUAAGCAUUAAGCCGGGAACACUGAACGAUAACUGUCUCAUAUAUUUACAUAAAGUACAUACAAUUAAACAACUUUAAAUAAAAAAAAUUGAGAAGAAACUUAAUUGAGACGAUCUGAAGGUUGGGAUUGUGCCAUUUGUUCCAGAAGGAUGGAAGACGCUUUGAUACUGGAAUCUUCAGUUCAUUAUUGAGGACACUACAAUGCUAUAAAGCAGGACUCAGGUCAGCAGAGGUCACCCUGACCUGCACCCCCUCCUUACUGCACAUCCUUCACCAUGGCAGGACACGGUCUUCAUGAGACGCCUCCUACCGUUCCCCCGGUUGAAAAUGAGGUGUUCUUUGAGAGCUACAUCCCACCUGCCCGGGACGCCAUUCACCUGCCCAUACACGUCCUCUACAUGCUCCUCGCCACCAUCGUCAUCUUCAUGACCCUCUACGCCAUCAUUGGUCACCUAAUCAAAGACCUGAUCCAUGAUGUGGCAGAUUUGGUGUUUGGAGAGCAGCCAGAGGAGGUGCAGGUGAACUUCUUGGAGGCGAAGGAUAAGUUCAUGGCAGACUGGUGCCCGGAGACCACCCCAGAACUUGAGGCUCUUGCCCGUGCUGAGGAGAUCAAGGUGGUCAUGGAGGGCAACACCCGGGGCCCGGCGAUCUGGGUCAUCUCAGAUGAACCACGCCCCCCCCGCACUGGACCACGCGUGGCAUUUGGCAAAAACACAUAAGCAGACUUUGGCUUCUUUCAGACACACACUGUCUACUCUGUAAAUACGUUUUUCCACAAAUAUUCUAUAUAUUAUCUUAUAUUAUCUGUAUUAUUCUAUUUGCUAUAUAUAACAAUUAAAAAAAUAGGGUACAACUUUCUGUACUUUCUUCAUUCUUUUAUUACAUAUUAUAAAACUUCACUUACUCUCGUUUGUGUUCUGUGCAUAAGGAUAACAAUCAGUACUAAAUGAAAGAAAAAAUGUAAAAUGGUUACAGCUAUCCAAUUUCAAAACACCAGCGAGAGUUAUCUGCGCCACUUGCCCCUCCCCAGGGUUGCCAGGUUAUUAGGUUGUCACACAGUGGCAUAUGAGGAGGAGUCAGUUAUACUCUGUGCUGAUCAACGAAUGUACUAGUGCAUCUAAAAAAAACUUAAUAGCAUUGAAAAGUUCCUUUAUUACAGUAUUUCUGUCAAAAUGUGUUUUUUUUUUUUAUUGUUGAUGAUUAUGGCUUACAGCCAAUGACAAUCCAAAAAUCAGUGUCUCAGAAAAUCAAUUUUCUAAAUGCUUAGAUACUUAGAAGCAGGAAAUUACAUGGAAAAACAGAAAGAUGGAAAAUGGGUGGGGCUGUUUGAAUAAACAGAUACAGACACAGAUGCUGCUUCCUUCAGAGUCCCAAUGAACAGUUCUAUAGCUUCAGCUGUUUCCUACCAUUUAACAGAUUUUCCCAUGAGCCAGUUUCCAAACAGUGACACAGCUUAAACAACUCAUUACAUAGCAGCUUAGUCAUGCUAGUUGUUCUGGUGAAUCAGCUUGGUUUCGCUGGUCAUGAUGAUAGAGCAGUUUAUUGCAUGUAUUAUUAUCACAUACAGCUCUGAAAAAAUGAAGAGACCACUUCAGUUUCUGAAUCAGUUUCUCUGAUAUUGUUUUUAAUCACAGUUUUCAUUGUUCUGAUCAAACUCAGGCAGCUUUCCUUAAUUUUUUGUACAAGGUUUCUAUUCCAAAGAUGGUACAAAACUCAUGUGACUUUAAAAAUCAUGUUUCAAAGUAUGGAGUGAAUUUUGUGCCAAAAGUUUUACACAAAAAAAAUAAAUCCGCAAUCAAAAUGUUAGGAAUCAAAAGCAAAAAUUGUAUGUUACAAAUUCA